AUGAAACUCCUUGUAAGCAUACUGACCUUGUCGCUGAGCACCCAUGCUCUGGCUUUCGAUUUCGCUCUAGCAGCUCCUAUCAGACGCAGCGAGCGUGCGGCACAUACGAUAACAAAGACCAUCUAUCACACCGAAGUGCGAAAACUAUCUGUAAGCGUCAAGAACCACAAUGCUAGGAGUGACGGUGUGGUGUCCGACUCCUCUAUAUCUACUUCUGAUGGGCAGGUUUCCGAGGAUGUGGACGACGACAUCGCGACAUCUAUGGCAACAGCAUUCUUUUGGCCGAGGGGGCCAGGAGGGCAGAGGCCUACGAUUUCGCAACUACCGGUUACUGGCCUACCUGUGAGUUUCAACGCGAGGCAAGUCGGCUUCGUACAUUUCGACGAUGACACCGAACGCGAAGACGCUCUCCAUUUGGGAGCAAAAACCGUGAAUAGAAGGAACACCGACCUCUACCAUAUCAAGAUCGACCUCGCAUCUGAAGGCUACAUUUCGGUGUUCAUGUCCAAUAGCACGGCCUCUGCGUUCUGCACAAGCGAGGUAGAACCGGACUCUGAGGGUGGACCAAAAGUAGCACUGCAGCUAGCUGUUCGGAACUCUACAAAGAUCGUGGCUAUACCUGUACACCAAGAAGCGGCUGCUAGCUUCUGCCACCAUUUCAAGAACGCGGAGGGUGGCGACAGUUCACCGAGUGGCAAAGCUUCUGGGAGCUCAAUAGCAUCAGCUUCGGUAUCUGAAGGAAAGACAUCGAAGGUCGUCCCCAGCGAGACAACGUCGGAGAGUGUGUGGAAGUCAUCCAAACACGCGUCUACGACAGUCACCGCUUCGGAGACUGACACUGAUGACUCGGCAUCAGCAACAUCUGCGACCUCUACCAGCAAGACAACUACGCUGAACACCUUCGAUAUCACUCAUGAGAUAGAGACUUCGAAGUCCACAAAACAUGUACCUACGGAGGAUAUAGCCUCCGAGUCGGGAUCUGCUACCACUGAUGAAGGUACAGGUCUGACCGUGUCUAAGACAUCCAAAGCGGACGACAGCAGCAGUGGAUCUGGGGCAACAAAGUCUUCAAAGCACAAGUCCACCUCUAUAGCGGCUUCUGACAGUGACUUGGACACUUCGGAAUCAGCGACUGAUGUAUCCAGCAAGCACAAGACCAAAUCUACAGCGAGCGGAGCUGACGAAGAUUCGUCAAAGACGGUCGAAGCUUCAGUUACACCGACGAUGUCAAAAGCUGCGAACGCCGAACCUUCUGAACCCGAAGAGAGCGCCUCACCUUCGACCAAGGCAAAGUCGAAGACUUCCGAUGCUUAUGAGACUGAGGAUAUCCCCGAAUCUGCAAAGUCGGUCCAGGAGUAUCGAGGUCCAGCUGUAGACCCUGCAAACCCUGCUGACCUAGACACAUCCACGACGCCCAAGGCCACACCAGCCGCUGUUCCUGUUAGCACAACUACAGACGAGCCGUUCACUGAAGCAAGCAUAAACUCGUUUUACUCGUAUAUAAAGAGCUUUGUAGAGACUGCUCCAGACCCACCAUCAACCGCACACAUUGCUGAUCAGACUUCGAUCAAGACGACCGACUCUAUGAACGGGGCUCUGCGACGUGGAAUACUAAUAGCGCCAACGCCGGCCUUGAUAGGUGUUGGGGCUGAUACUUAUCGUCAAUCAACAGAUGACAGUAUGACACAUACCUCCGACUACAGCUGGAAGGGUGCAGUCUCUACUGCUAUAGCUUCUACCACAGCGUCGAGUAACGCAGCGAUAGGUAGACUGAAACCACCUUCCCUACUCUGGCGCAUGUGGUACCCCACGACUAUUACCAAAGUCAUUCAUUCGAGAAGCUUCAGUGGGCCUGGUGAAGAGCCUGAGCAGGAAGACGAGGGGUUUUUCAAUAUCGAUGUAGAAGAUGAUGGGCCCACCAGGGUCAGUGCUGGUACUGAUGGAGCAGAAGAGGAGACGGCUAUUGCUACGAAGUUUGCGCAUAAGCAAGAGGAUAAAGAUGCGGAUGAUGAAGGUAUCGAUGUGAAGGAUGGAGACGAGGAGGAGGAAGAAGAGCUACCGGCUGAUGAGGAGACGGUACCUGACGAAGAAACUGAGACUAAUGAAGGGGCGGCUGGAGAUGACGAGAUGCCUACGUCUACGAAGAGCAAGGCUUUACAUACCAAGACUGCAGCAGUUGAGGAAGAUGACAGCGCGCCGACCGCCGACACAUCUACGGACGUUGAAGAGAAGGUCACAUCCAUCAAGAAGAAACCUGCAGAUAACGAUGAUGAGACCACCCCGACUGUCACCGCAUCCGAAGACGUCGAAGGAAAAGCGACAUCCACCAGAAAGACACCCACAGACGAUGAUGACGAAGCUACACCAACUUUCACUUCAUCCAAAGAUGCCAAGGAAAAGGCAACGUCUUCAAAGACAGUACACGUAGACGACGACGAGGAAGCUGCACCUACUUCCAAAGCAGCCGGUGAUACUCCUCCUGAAGAUAACGAUGACGAAGAGUCCCAAGUCGACACUUCCGCCGACGACACCACUACAAGCACCUCCCACAAGCCUAAGUCCACUAAACACGCGACGUCCAACACAGAUGACGACGCUGACGAGGAGCCCACCGCCUCCUCCAAAUCUAAAUCCAAAUCCACUCACAAGUCCAAAACGACAAUUCCCUCCCUCGCCUCAGGCGUAUCUUUCGCCUUUCCCUCCACCAGCCCAAACGCCACACCUGUGCCUACACCACCCCCCUUACCAACAGGCACAGGACCCCUCCCCAUGCCAACACAACCCAUAAUCUGGGACCCAGACUGUCCACAGAUCUCAACGUCAACGCUCACCGCACCCAACGGCGUUACCACAACACUUCCAAUGACCGUAGGAGUGGGGUGUUGGCGCACGCUGCCACAGGCUGAGAGUGGUGGGAACGAGACGAGUGGGACGAACUCGCAUCUCCUGAAGAGUAAAGCGUGGAACAUUCUGUCCGAUAAGCAGAAUAUGAAGUUGGGGGUUGUGUGUUGGAUGGUCAUUGGGUUUAUCUUCUUCCAGUAA